ACAGCAACGGAGCGUUGACCGAGCGCCAAUCAUAGAGGACAAACCGCACGCGUCACUUUCUGACCCUUUUGCGCUCGCUCCAAGAUGCUAUGCGUGAACGGGAUGGAAAUAUAGGCAGGUGGUUACAGCAACCGACGGCUUGAGCGAGCCGCCAUUUUUUAAUCAGUGUAUCGCUCCUGCGAACUCGUAUUGACGCGUAUUUAGGAACGUGUGAUAAUAAACAGUAUAAUUAUGGUGACAGCACCCAACGAUGACUGGACAGAAGAACUUUGCAUUAAAUUGAUACACGAAUACAGGAAACGUCCUAUGUUAUGGGACCCUAAGGAUCCGUUCUUUUUCAAAAAGGCCAUGAAGCCCGAGGCUUGGGAAGGAAUUGGCGCGGCGUUAAAUAUGCCACCAGAUGUCUGCAAGCAUAAAAUGGUAAUUUUGUCAUCGUCGUUUAGAAGAGAGAAAUCCAAAAUUAUGCACAGCAUCAGGGAUUCACCAGACGAUGCGACGUACACGAGUACCUGGUUCGCGUUCGAAGAAAUGGCGUUUUUGAUCGACAAGGGAUCGGAGAGGAAACGCCAAACAACGGGAAUGUUAGACGACGGCUGUGAGGAUGGAGCUACAGCUAUUAAAAAAUCAUUAAUAGAACAUUACAAUGAAAAGAAAACCGAAAGCCAAAAGAAAAGUAAAAAAUCGAUAACUUCCAAGAUAGGCACAGUUCAUCCAAACGUUAGCGCAAAACCUAAUCCGAAUCAAGUGACCGCCAGCACAGCAGACGUUGCGUCAACAGUGUCAUCACCAGUGCAAGUGACUGCAUCACUACCGACGACUGUGCCACCCUUGUUACCCAUGCCGAAUCUGCAACGAGAUGAUACUCUUGAAGAAAUUAAGUCAUUCACUAACUUCAUAGCCUACAAGAUGAAAAAGUACAGCGAGAGCACUAAAAAUUCUGUACAACAAGCAAUAUGUGAUAUUAUCUUUAAGGCUGAUCAAAAUGUUUACGACAAUACGACUUUCGAGGACAAUUUUAGCAGAUAUCAAUCUCCACACAAAGACGCAGAAUCGGAAGAGGGCGAUAUAGAAAACAAGACAAUUGACAUAGGCAACGGGCAAGUAAUUACACUCAAAAUGCAUCACGAUUAUCACGACGAUUAG